AUGGAAAACUAUCAGAAGCUCGAGAAGAUAGGCGAAGGUACUUAUGGUGUCGUCUAUCGCGCCCGAGAUCUCUCCGCCGGCGGCCGUGUCGUCGCCCUGAAGAAGAUCCGUCUCGAAGCCGAAGAUGAGGGUGUCCCCUCCACCGCCAUCCGAGAGAUCUCGCUUCUCAAGGAAAUGCGCGACCCGACCAUUGUCCGUCUCCUGAAUAUCGUCCACGCCGAUGGUCAUAAGCUGUACCUCGUGUUCGAAUUUCUCGAUCUGGACCUCAAGAAGUUUAUGGAGUCCCUUCCCGUCAGCGAGGGUGGACGCGCUAAGCCGCUCCCCGACGGAAGCUCCGCCUACUUGACCCGCAUGGGAAUGGGCCCCGCCGUCGUUCAGAAGUUCAUGAUGCAGCUCUGUCGUGGCGUCCGAUACUGCCACUCGCAUCGCAUUCUUCACCGCGAUCUGAAGCCCCAGAACCUGCUCAUUGACGCCGAGGGCAACCUCAAGCUGGCCGACUUCGGUCUCGCCCGCGCUUUUGGCGUUCCCCUUCGAACCUACACUCACGAGGUAGUUACCCUCUGGUAUCGUGCACCUGAGAUUCUUCUCGGCGGUCGUCAGUACUCGACCGGCGUUGAUAUGUGGUCUGUCGGUUGCAUCUUUGCCGAGAUGUGUACUCGCAAGCCACUUUUCCCAGGUGAUUCGGAGAUUGACGAGAUCUUCAAGAUCUUCCGCGUACUUGGCACUCCCACCGAGGAGGUCUGGCCCGGCGUUACUUCAUACCCCGACUUCAAGUCCUCCUUCCCUAAGUGGACUCGUAGCCUCUCGAAGCCGUUGUGUGGUAACCUGAACGAGCGUGGCCUUGAGCUUCUCGAGAUGAUGCUCGUCUUCGACCCUGCUGGCCGCAUCUCCGCCAAGCAGUCUUGCAAUCACCCCUACUUCGAGGAGUACCACGCGCAGCAAGACGCAGCUGCGACCACCACUUACCGUGGUAACGGCUACUACCGAUAA